UAUUAUCAAGGCUGGUGCUCUGUACUGACAGAACUGAAGUGAUGUGGAUGGAAUGAUGGAAUGAGACGGACAUGACAGAAAGCACAGCCGUUUAUUACGCACUCCUCACCUCGCAUGAGUCAUAAAUGGAAUGCGCUUCCCCCUGGUUUUGCUAUAAGUUUCUCCAAACGUUACAUGUUGAGAAACAAAAUACGGAGAUUGUGGUUGGCAUCACUGCAGGCUGAGCCGAGAAUUACUUACUGUGAAAUUGUGGUAGAAGAAAAUUAUUAGUCACAGUUACCGUGGAUUCCGGGCCUUAGGUACCGCCAGUACUAUAGGCGGCGAUGGCUUUCUUAGAGGCUCGCCGUUCGUUCGAUCGUGCGCUGGCGUCGGACACGUGGACGGACCCCGCUAUAGUCGCAAGUGCCGUUAGAAGGCAGUUAGGUCUGUCGGAUACUGUAGAUGCAGCUGCUGCCACGUCAGCAGGAAGGGAGGGAGCUACGGCGUCAGCAGUGGGAAAUGGGACGCGAGGACAUAUAGAAAAUGCAGCAGAAAUGCUAGAGCAAGUAGCUGAAGGGAUAGGAAACGGAGACGCUACUAACGGGGACAUAUCCGAUGGAGGGGGAGCAGGUGCUGAAGAUGUGGAGGUCGUUGGAUGGCCGCUUCGCAGCCAGACGGUUCAGACGGCUUAUCAUAACUCUCCAGAUGGCGGUGCGAAUGGCAGCGGCUCCGCCACAGCAGCUGCAGCCGACCCUCCACCAACUGACCCCCUUCCCCCAUCGGCAACAGCACCGGAAGGAGCUGCGGAUAUAGCAGCUCCAGCAGCAGUAAUAGCAUCCGCAGCAGCAGUAACAGCAUCCGCAGCAGCAGCAACAGCAGCAGCAGCAGCAGCACCGGACGGAGUUGGCCCCCAGCUGAUGCAUGAACAGUACUCGGGCCUGGCGGAAGGCACGGUGUUGGAGAAGGUGGUAACUGCACGGUUACAGGACACGAUGGGCAUGCUGGAGGGGCUGCGCAGUGCAGCGGGCAGCAGCUUUGAGGACAUGGCCAUGCACAGAGAGGAGUCCCGGGCGCACCCUGAGGCGUUUGGGCACAGGGACUGGCGGCUGAAGGAGCAGAGCAAGAGCCACAGAGUGAUGUACCGGCCAGGAUCAGAGGGAGUAGCCUUCCACGAACUCUGCUUGGAGGGCGUGCUCAAAGGCUCCAUGGACACCAUGCUUGCGGUGGCGUGGGAGGCUCCAUUCUUCAUUGACUGGUGGCCGCGCUUCUCCGUGCCGCCAUUCCACAUGCUCGAGUCCAAGUUCGCCAAGAGAAUAGUUCCGGGAUACGAGCUCGUAUACCUGCGCUUCAAGGUGCCGUGGCCGUUGGCCACUCGUGACAUCCUCUAUGUUCUCUUCUCCGUGCACGAUGCUGCCACCGGCUUCAUUGCCACAUCGUUGCUCUCUUUCCCAGAAGACCCAGCUGCUUUUGACCCUGACGCAUACGGUUUCACCAGUGACAGCGUGCCACCUGUCCGCUCAGGGGAGGUCCGCGUGGGGGUGAAGGGCGGAUUUGCCGCCAAGGACCUGGGCAAUGGCUGCUGCUACUUCCGCGGCGUUGCAACUGUCGAUGUGAAGCUGGACCUCGUUCCCUCGUGGCUCAUCAACUUCGCUUCGCGACAGCUGGCAGGGUCUGGUUACCAGCUGAUCCACAACGAGAUAGAGAGUGUGGCUGAAGGCAGCAACAAGGAAGCGGAGAAAUUCCGCAAGCUUCUUGCCUCGGACCCGUUCUACCUCGCUGUGGGGCGCGCCACGCGGGAGCGCGAGGCAGCGGCAGCAGCGGAGGGAGAACGGGCAAAGCAGGAGAGGGAGCAGCUGCAGCAGCAGGGUGAGGCGGAGACUUUCAGGCAGAUUGGGGAGAGGGUGGAGGCGGAGGUGGAGAGGCUGGUUGCUGGGAUGCCAGCAGGGACAGGGAGGGCGGCUGGGAGUGAGAGUGAGGGUGGUGGUGCUGCUGCUGGAGAUGAAGCAGUCAUGAAUGCAGCGGAGGCACUGGCCGGAGCGACUGCUGCGCCUGUGGCUGGGAGUGAGAGCGAGGGUGACGGUGCUGCUGGAGGUGAAGCAGUCAUGAAUGCAGCACAGGCGUUAGUAGAAGCUGCUGCUGCGCCUGUGCCUGCUGUGCCUGUGGCUGCCACACCAGGACCUUCUAAGCCGGCUUCUGCCAUGGCAGUAGCCAAGCCACCUCGCCCUCCUUCUCCCGCAAGACUUGCUGCAGCAGUUACUGCACCACCGCUGGGUGCAGCAGCUGUGGGUGCAGCAGCAGGCUCGCCAGCUGUCCAGUACGGGCAGUUACAGCAGAGAGAUCCAGCGAUCUUCCAUGCGGUUACCACCCUCGAUAGAGCCAUUUCCUUUAUGAGAGCCAGAGCAGCAGCACAGAGGCAGGCAGCAGCUGCUGCUGGUGGUGGUGGAGCAGGCACGGGUGCUGCUGGGUUCCCAGGCCUGAUGCCGCCGAAGCAGGAGGUUUGGAGCUACAGUGGCGAGCUUCGGCCGGCACCUAGGCAGGGUGAAAGCGGAGGAGGUGGGGAUGCUGGGGGGAUUGGUGGGAGUGGGGAGGGAGAGACGGAAGAGAGGGUGUGGAUGCUGACUAGGACAAUAUCAGCGGGCCCUGCAGGUCAUGGGAGUAGUGAAAGGAUUGGGAUCGAAACAGCAAGAUCGGCCGGACAGUCAGUAACAGUAUCAGCAUCGACAGUGGCAGCGGCAGCAGCAGUGGCAGCUACAUCAAAGGAUGGUACAGCAGCAUCGGGGGGGAUAGCAGCGCAGCCUGAUGCAGCCGUGGCAGCACAAGAAGAAGAUGUGGCAGUGUUACCAGCAGGAGCUGCAACACCCCCUCACUCAGCUGGAGAGGUACUGGGAACAGUGGAAAAGCCGGAGGGUGCAGGGGAAAGCAAUGAUGUGCCUGCGCCAGCCACUGGUGCUGCAGAGGUGAGGGAAGGUGCUGAACGGCCAUCGACGGCCCCGAUUGGAUGGAAGGACGGGAGGGAUGAAGCAAGGAGGGCAACGGAGGGAGGGGGGGAUGCUGGCAGCGAGGGUAGCAAGAAGCAGGAUGGGAAGAAGGGUUGGCGAAAGCGGCUCUUGGGUCUGAAGCUUUCCAGAGCCCCACAGUGAAUGACCACACCAGUACGAGUGUUGUGUAGGUACCCAGUACGACAGGUAGAGUAGGUAGGGAUUCAUUAUUG